AUGGCUCUCUCUGUUGGCGCGCGCGCCUCGGCCUUCGUGGCCUACCUCUGCCUCGCCUGGCUCGUCCUCGGUGGUGAGGAUCUCGUCUUCUGGUCUCCCCCUGUCGUCUUCGUCGGUGGUUCUGUCGCCUUCGGGCCCUUGGCCACCUGCUGCUUGGUCUUCGGUUUCUCGGCUGUCGCUCUCAUGGUCGGCGCCUUUGACGCCCUCUCUCUCGCCCCCGUCUUCGACGCCUUCGACACCUUCUCCUGGUUCCCUCUCUCGGCCCUCGUUACCUGUGUGCACCUGGCCCUGGUCGUGAUCGUCUGCCUCCUCAUCUACGUCGCCAUCAUAGGCGCCGUCACUCACCUGGAGGGGCAGAUGUUCCCGGCUGGUGACGACAGUGAUGACUCCGGUCCCCCUGCUUGGCUCGUCUUCGGCAAGAACGCGCUCAACGCUCUCUUCGCCUUCGGGCAGGUGGUCUUCUGUCUCGUCGCUGUGGUUCCCGUCACUGUCAUCUCGCUCUGGUUGGCGUUCUACGCCUGGCUCGACACGGCCCCUUCUCGACCUCGCCCUCGCCCGCAGAAGAAGACUAAGCCCAUGGAUUGGCAUCCCUCGGAGGUUUGGGCCAGCCCCAAGGACAAGGAAUACCCGUCACCUCCUCGUGCGCCAAAGCCGUUCGCCCGUGUGCUUCCGCCCCAGCCUCCGGUUGUCUCUCGCCCGUCAACCCGUCCAGCCCCGGCGCCGAAGCCGAAGCCGUUCGUUCCUAAGCUUCCGUCCCAGCCUCCGGUUCUUUCUCGCCCGGCACGAUCCAGCUGCAGGUGCUACAACCACGACGACGCAGGCCUGGACUUCGGCGGCUGGAUGGACCCUGAGAACUUCGGCACCCCUCCAACUUCCGACCCCGAGGAAUCCGCGCGAACUUGGGUGCGGCUUGUAGAGUCCGUCCGCAAGCCGGUCGAACCGUGGCACAUGGGCGGUCGAUCGACUUGUUGGGAUAACUGGAACCCGGAGCCGCAGCCCGCCCCUGCUUCGAUGCCAUCGUUCCCUUCUGCCGCUCCUCCCCCCGUCUGGUCUGGUCCGUACGAACAACCGCCGUCUCUGUUGCCGCCCCAAGAACCAGCUCCUCUUCCUGCUCCCGCCCCUACCUAUGAGCCGGCCUAUGUCCCGGCCUCGCUCCCGCUCCCGGCCCCUGAGCCCGUCCUUUCCGCUCCAGCUCCGUCCGCCGCUCUCGCCCCCUAUGACCAGCCCAGUCUGGCUGCGCCCUCUGGCUAG